AUGCUCAACGUUCUUCCAAGGCCUGUCAGUGGGCGUGAUUGGGACGCGUAUCUCAGCGUCAUUCCGACCAUGUCGGAUUCGGAAACGGUAUAUAAAAUUUAUACGCACAUUGAGGAGCUUUUUAAGAGAGUUAGAGAUUGGAACGGAGCGGGAAACAAGGUCCGCUUAGGUCCGCUUAGUGAAACACAGAGAGACAGCGAGGUGGCACGGAUAAUGCUACAUACAAAGACAAGUUACGGCAUUCUUCCGACGCCCCCAUCUCCAACGCAAACCUCACCAACACUAACGCAGUCGACCUCCAAUUCCGCCUCAAACUCGUCCAGCUCACCACCAGGCCCAACAACACCGCCUCGUCAAAGUCGAUCACGUACCCGCUACGGCGAUCUUGGCCGCGUCCCACUUCACCGGCGAGGGACGUCCAAGACCUAUGAGCGGCUCGAAGACUUGCUGAAAGAGGCCGGGUACAAGGAAACGCGUGUCUUCACACCGGAAGGCGAACGUGCGGAAGAACACGGUGGCACUCGUAACGCAAACGACCACAGCAACAACCGGAUUAGCGGCAUGAGUGCCGUUGUGGGCUUCCUUGCCGGUUUGAUGCCUAACAAUGCUACGAAUAGCCAUAGUAGGCCCGCGAGUUUAGUGAGGACGAAUUCGGGGGAUACCACCGUGGUUCCUAGGCGUCGCUAUUCCCCGCCGGAAUCGCCAUCGCCGUUUCCGCACCACCGUGCACAGACACCUACGACGGAUAUGUCGUCCUCGAUUGAGAGCCUGGGUGAGCCAACUCCGCGACCUAUGCGUAGGCCACCGUCAAGGUCGAGUACACCGCAACAACACCAUCGACCGCAACUAGCCCAUCGGACGUCAAAUAAUAAUACCCACACCAACUCAUCCUUCCAUCGCCAACUGCCCCACCAACCUUCGCACACCUCAUUACACCCCCACCUCCCACCGUCUCCUCAUCAUCCACCCUUACAAAUCGCACACCCCAGACCCUCCCGUGCAGGCGCGUACCUGCGACACAUGGCCUCUGCUUCAAGUAUCCCCCAACGACCCAGCUCGACGCCCGUGAAGCGUAGCACGAACAGCAGCGACGGAGGAGGGGAAGAAGAACACAGUGAACCUCCUCUCCCGCCUACAUGGCUCGAGAGCGUCGCGCGCGCGGUGAUGUUUGGUGGUUCGGGUGCGUACGUUGGUGGCCCGCAUGCGCAUUCGCAUUUGAGCUUGGUCGAUGGCAGUGGGAAGUAUCAUCAUAACCACCAACAUCAACAACGGACGUUACGCACGACGAGGAGUUCGUUAUCACAGGUGUCUGCGAAGGGGUCUCAGAAAUAUAAAGCGCAACGAAGCGGAUUGUCGGACCACACCAACACCAAUACCAACACCCAUUCCACAUUCCUCGCCCCUCCCCCGUUGUUAGCCCAACUAGAGCGCGGUAGAGCAGGAAGGAGCGAAGGUGAAGUGAGCAAGACGCGUGUUUUAUGUCGGAGUGCGCCUGGGAGUCGGGCGGGGUCACUUGUCCGUGACCGGGAAGAGAAACCUAAUAAGACCCCUCGGUUCAUCAGGGGCAAGAGGAAGGGUGAGGAUCUCGUUCCGAGUUUGGCGAAGACGCAGACGGAGGGGGAUAGUUGGAGUGGUGCGAGUUUGAGGAAGGGGGGUGGGGGUGAUAGGGAUAGGGAUAGGUAUCUUGGUGCAUGGGGAGCGGGGUUGGAUGAUGAUGAUGAUGAUGAUGAUCAGGAGCACGCCCAGGGAGGUGGUGGGUUGAGCUCUGAAGAGGAAGACGACGGCGAGUUGGAUCUAGCGAGGAUACUCGUCCAUCCGAAACGGCAGAACUCGAUCAGGAGCCUGAGGAAACAUUUACAUCACGCGCUUGCUGAUAGUGCUGGUGUGUCCUUGAAUCCCCACCUGGUUGGUGGUGCUGGUGCUGCUGCGGGGAGGGGUAUGAAUGUUGGCAGGGUUUCGAGGCGGCCUACCACGACGGAGGAAGAUUGGGAUGGGGAGGUUGAGGAGGCUUGGAGUGGGUAUGAUGAUGAUGAUGGGUUCCCUACGAGGGGAAGUGGGAGGAGUGGAAAUGGGAAGAAUAGGUUGGGGAUACCUGCUUGGGGGAAUCGUUGA